AUGACUUCUUCUGAUCCUCCGAAGGCUUUUCUACCCGGAAGUAAUGAUGUUGAACAAAAUGCAAUGGAAAUCCUCGACAUAUCUGAAACUCAAAUUCGUCUUAAGAACCAAAUUAGUUACGUAUGUUUCAAUUCAACGGCUCAAACUUCUCCUAUGAGUUCCGACUACACUAGAUUCUUUCUCAAGACAGUGCGUGCUCCCUACAGCGUAUCCGGUACCGCAAACAAACUCUUCGCCGUGGGGUGCCGCGACUAUCCCCGAUUCACCGGAAGCAUUGACACUGGCUUGGUCACAUUGACAGAUGACGGAACUGCCUCAUGUAGAACCAACUGCAGCUCAGGGGGCAACAAUGUCGUCGCAAGCGAAUGCAAUGGCAUAGGGUGCUGCCAAGCCAAUAUUCCCAAGGGAAUGAGGUCUUAUACUGUGACUCAUGAUACUUUCGACAGUAACCACUCAACCAUUACAUCUUACAACCCUUGUGGGUACUCAUUCGUCGCAGACCAAGAGAGUUUCAAGUUUCGAGGGAUGAAAGAUCUUAAUGACCCUAACUUUAUAAAUAGGACAGCGUAUGAUGCUCCUUUGGUGCUCGAUUGGGUGGCUUCUAAUAAAACGUGCGCUAAUGCUAAGCGCGAUCUUGAUUCUUAUGAGUGUAAGGAGAAUACUAUGUGUGUAGAUGCUACUGAUAGCGGUAUUGGAGGGUAUCGUUGCAGUUGUCUUCCUGGUUAUCAAGGUCAUCCUUACCUUAGUCCGGGAUGCACAGAUAUAAAUGAAUGUGAAGAUCUCGAUAGUAGUCCAUGCACAAUGAAAUGUAAGAACACUCUAGGAAACUACACUUGUUCUUGCCCGUCUGGAUAUAUCGGCGAUGGUAGAAAAAAUGGGACUAGUUGCAACCCACAGUUUCCUGCUUUGAAAGUUGGCUUAGGUGUUGGAUUAGGCUCCUUAUCUUUACUCCUCACUUUGAGUUGGGCAUUCUUGGCUAGUAGAAAAAGAAACCUUACGAAAAUGAAGGAGACGUUCUUUCAAAGAAAUGGAGGGUCGCUAUUGAAGCAACUAAUUUCUCCUAAUAAACAAGACGACGUGGAGCAAGUGAAGGUUUUUACCAUAGACGAGCUUAAGGUAGCCACCAAGAACUUCAAGGAAGAGCGGAUUGUUGGUAGAGGUGGUUAUGGGACCGUUUACAAGGGAUUUUUACCAAAUAAUCAAGUUGUUGCCGUUAAGAGAUCAAAGUUUGUGGAUGAAGAUCAGAUUGAACAAUUUAUUAAUGAGUUGAUCCUCUUGGCUCGAAUUAGACAUCCUAAUGUGGUACGGCUUAUAGGAUGUUGUUUGGAGGUUGAAGUCCCGUUGUUGGUGUACGAGUUUAUCUCCAAUGGCACACUAUAUGAUCAUAUUCAUAACAGAAACGGAACGACUUGGUAUUCUUGGAGUAAUUGUUUGCGCGUUGCCAUGGACUCGGCUAGUGCUCUAACACAUAUACAUACAAUUCCAAUAUUUCAUCGAGACAUUAAGUCCGCAAACAUAUUACUAGAUGAUAGUUACACGGCAAAGGUAUCCGAUUUUGGAGCUUCGAGGUUGAUUCCGUUACAUGAGACUCAUUUGUCCACCGUGGUACAAGGUACACUAGGAUAUCUCGAUCCAGAGUACUUUUUUUCGAGUCAAUUAACAGAGAAAAGUGAUGUUUAUAGCUUUGGUGUGGUUCUUUGUGAACUCUUAACAAGGACAAAGCCACUUUUAACGCAGAGACAAAGUGAAUCACAAAACCAAAAUUUGGCAACAUACUUUGUCAAGUCUAUGCAAUUAGACAAUUUGUUCAAUAUUUUGGACCCUCAAUUAGUUAUUGAAGCAACUAAAGAGCAAUUAAUCACGAUUGCAAAGCUUGUACAACGAUGCUUAAGUGUUCAAGGAGAUGAUAGGCCGACAAUGAAAGAAGUAACAAAGGAAUUGGGAGAUUUAUGGAGGCAAACAAUUUAAAUUACAUGGCACCGGGCAAGAAUCUUGAUUAUGAUCAUAUGGGCUUCAAUUGUACUACGAGUGUUUAAUAUAGUUCUAUGAAUUUUGUUAUUGAAUUUGUUGUUAGUUUUAAGCAGAAAAACAACCGAUCAAAUAGUGAAAUAAUGAUCAAAUUGUA